GUUGCUAGAAUUGUAUAUAUGACUAUGGACCAAAACAGGCGUCUCUGGCAAAAUUAAUAACCUAAAUUAACAGUUCUGCCCGGCUCUUUCUUCAAAAUUGCAAGUGUAUGAAACUAACUUGUUUUCAAAAUACAAUGGUGUGAAACCUACUUUGUGAUGAUGUGGGCAAAAAUUCAGUAGCGGUAUCUGUAGGUUUAUGUAUUCCGCAAAUAAUGUUUUUGAUGUAGCUGAAUAUACUAUUUGUUACGAUGUUUAAAAAUACGUUUCAGAGCGGCUUCUUGUCAAUAUUAUAUAGUAUUGGUAGCAAACCGUUGCAGAUAUGGGACAAGAAAGUGCGGAAUGGCCACAUAAAGCGGAUCACCGAUAAUGACAUUCAGUCCCUUGUGCUAGAAAUUGUUGGUACUAAUGUUAGUACUACAUAUAUCACAUGUCCAGCGGAUCCAAGACAGACACUAGGUAUAAAACUGCCAUAUUUGGUAAUGAUUAUUAAGAAUUUGAAGAAAUACUUCACAUUCGAGGUUCAGGUGCUGGACGACAAGAACGUGAGAAGGCGGUUCCGCGCCAGCAACUACCAGUCGACGACGCGGGUGAAGCCGUUCAUCUGCACAAUGCCGAUGCGGCUGGACGACGGCUGGAACCAGAUCCAGUUCAACCUGGCGGACUUCACCCGCCGCGCCUACGGCACCAGCUACGUGGAGACGCUGCGCGUGCAGAUCCACGCCAACUGCCGCAUCCGGCGCGUGUACUUCUCCGACCGCCUCUACUCAGAGGACGAGCUGCCCGCCGAGUUCAAGCUCUUCCUGCCCAUCCAGAACAAGGCCAGAGUGUAGCGGCACCUGCUGGUCUGGGCCGGCGUCCGUCGGAGGCGAUGCCGCCUCGUGUGUCGGCCGUCUGCGCUGUACAAUGUGUCGGCACGUCGAAACUUACAUAGAACCAUAAACAUUAUUUGUUUCAUCUGUUCGACGUGAUGCGGCGGACAUCCGUUGGCUAACGUAAAAUAUGUCCGUACUAGCGGGGUCAAAAUCAGAACAUACAUAAUCGUAACAUUUAAUGCUUUGAACAUGUAUUCAGUGAUUUUUUUUCUUUUCUUUUCAUCCAUCUAAAUGGUACAAUAACUGUAACUGAUAAUGGUGUGUAAUUGAUAUUUUGCCAAUACAAAUCUUUUCUAGAGCCGAUCAGUACGUACUUCAUAAAAAAAUUAAUAUAGUUUAUAGAAUCCCCCUCAAUCUGUUAAUUUGAUCUUUCUAGACGUUUGGUGGUACCGCUUAGUUGUGUCGAACUUGCGCUUAUAGUGUAAGUGAUACUGCUGGUAAUUUAAAUUAAAUUCCAAUUUUUUUCUAAGCCUUUUAGUCAACCCCUCCCACGUUUUCACAAGUCUGCAGCAUCAUGAGAAAAGUGGUCAUUUUCAUUCCAUUAUCAAUUAGCCUAAGUGUCACACGCCAUUUUAAUGAACCCUGUAAUUUGUAGUUUUGCCAAGAGUACGUCUAAUCUCCAAUAUUGUUAAUACAAGUAAAGCAGGUUGGGGCAAUAUAUAGUCGCUUAGCAAGCAAUACUGCUUAGCUGACAUUUUUAACAAAAUUGACUUUUUUGUUCCAAUGCAUUCUAGCAGUUGUUUCGCAUGAUCUGAUACAAUUAUUAUGGCAAAAAUCAUAGAGAUAGUAGCACCAUCACAAAAAAUGGAACCUUGGGAACCACUUAAAUACACAAAGCAGACACUACAAUAGGCUCCAAACUGAAGUACCGUGUUUUAUCGCACAAUGGUCGCACGCGCGUAAUCGUCGCAACCAUAUUUUAGGCUGUUAAAAUUGGGAUAAAAAAACUUCUCGUGUAAACAUCGCAUGAUGUUUUUGGUCCCGCUAGUAGAUGCCGAGCGCUUUGUGUAGGUAUCUUUUCCGUAUAAAACAAUGUAUUUUAAAGUAGAAAUCUAAUAUUUAUUCGGUCAUUACCACUUAAUAAAUUAACGGAAAAAUACGAAGUUGUUUGACGUGUAAAUUUUGUUAUAAAGACGUUUAUAAACGUUAUUUCCUUUAUCUGAUUGUCUGCGUUGCCGCGGCGUACCGCUUAUAAAAAUGUAGCCAGCGCAUCAUUCAUGUUUGGUUAUGUUUCUUCCCGUAUAGAGUGUGUGCAUGUAGUCGAAUAUUGAUAUCUCGCCGAGUGCAUACAACGCGCGCUUUCUGUCCAGUGCAGAGUUAACUACAUUUUAUAGCCCGCAUUCUUUCGUGGUAAGUGUGUACUAUGACACGUUAGUUCACGUCAGAUUCAAGUGGCUUGCGUUCGCGUUAGAGUUUUGGUUUUUCUAUUUAAAGUUGAAGAAAGGUUUUUGUUUAAGGAAUUAUUAAUAUAGAAUGUUUGGCGUGCUCUUGUAUACUCCACCUUUUUUUAAAUAAACGUGCUUUUCCAUGAACGGGUUUAUUUUUAUGAAUAACUUUACCUAGCAAAAAAAUUUUUCCGCACAUUCGUCGCACCCCUACUUUUCAAACUUGAUUUUAGAAUAAAAUGUGCGACGAUUAUACGAGAAAACACGGUAUUAGGAGGCGUGUUGUUCGUUACCUUUGCUUUACAGUAAAAAAAAAGUAUUAAAUUGUUUUAAAAUUAAAAAAAAUAGCAAUACAUUAAAUACACACUAUACAUACUUGAAAUAAGUAGUUUUUUUUACCUUCCCAUAAAGUUACUGAAAUGUUAAUAAGGUGGUAUUGUUAUCUAAGCGAUGAUAUGUUUUGUUUCAUUCAGUGGUAGGUUUGGAGCGUUGAUGCCGUUACAUUUACUUUUUUUUUUUGGGCCAGACAUUAUAAAGUUGGAAAAUUCCUAAUAACUAUCAGCCUGCACUAAGUCAUACUGCAGCUAAUGGUUAAUUAUACACUAGUUGAUCGUGUUUGAUAACAGCACGAUGCAUUGUGAGCUUCACCCAUUCAGAGCAUGCAAUGUGCAUCGUGAGAAUUAUAUGAACACCAAUUUUGCAUUCAUCACAGUUCCCUUUCACAAAUAGUAAUAAUAAAAAAGCAUGUGUAAAUCAGUACACAUGAUAGAAGUAAAACUUCUUUGGCAAUUCAUACCUCGACUUGCUACACAAACAGAAAAAAACACCAUACUUGACUGCUAAAUGAAUUUAAAUCAAUCAAGAUGACACAUUUCUUGUAACACUUGAAGUUUUUAAAGUGUAAUUUUCAACUGCCAUGGAUGAGAGCCAAGAUUUCACUGAGAUAACGCUCACUUGCCUGUGUUUAUGUCCUAUCACAAACAAAAUUGGCAUAAAAUUAGAUAAAAUAGGUUGUUUGGGAAAAGGGAGGGGGAGUGUGUGUUGUUAAUGCCAAAUAGAUAGAUACCAGAUAUAUAUUGGACUGCUAGAUGUUUGAAAAUAUUUUUAACUGGGCUUUGCUGUUUAAAUGUCACUUCUAAGCAAUACUAUUAAGAAGAAAAACAGCCUACUGUGUUAGUGAGGCGGGAUGAUACGUGUGACGCCUCCUGGUGCUUCUAGCGUGGUGUCACCUCUAAGCAAAAGUGCUUUGAACUAGCUCUCAUCAAUCUUCUCGUCGUGCAUAGGGUAACAAUGAGAUUUGAGCGGUAACCAUAACAUUAUAUGGUGGAGAAUUGAAGAUAAAGUGUAAUGCACUCCUCUUGCAUUCUUUCAAGAAUCUGCAAUUGGUGUUUCAUGCUCAAAGUGUUUUCUGAAAACACAUGUUUUAUCCAUUUUCACUGUUGUAAAAAUAAGUUCAAAAACCAAAUACAGAAACAGAUGUAGGUACUCAUCCACCUUCAGGGUAUUCUUAAAUGCUUUUCGUAAACUGACACCACUCUUGAUAUCUUGAGCAGUUUUCAAAUUGCGUGGUUUCUUCUGCUCUACAUUAUGUGUACUUGGUUAGGUGGACCAUAAAGCUUUUCACCAUUAUAAUGAUUUUGUUGUAUGGCAAAAAACAAACUUGUACGGAAAUUAGAAAAUUGCUGCCCACCAUCCAGUAAAAGUAUUUAAGUUUACGUACAACGUGCAUGCUUUGGAGUUUUGCUAUGAUAGUGUUUGUCAUAUACAUACUCACAGCUACAGUGGAGCUUUGAAAAAGCACAACCUUUGCAAGAUGCACCAUAAUCGCUAAGUCAGUGUGUUCACACAUUUGCAGUAAUUUUAAUUCACAGUUCUAUGUAAAAUAAUAACAUUAAAUUUACAGUAAACAAAAAAAAAAUGUUGUGAAAAUUUGGUCCCAUGGGUUGUGUGGCUUCCCUCCUAUUCCUCCCCUCUCGUUACAGCCCUACUUGCUGACCAACGGUAUGUUCAAAUUUGUUUUACUUAAAUGUAAUUUUUGUGAUAAGUUUUUUUGGAAAAUAGUUUAUGAA